GGCGCAGCGGCGGGGGCGGGGCAGGAACCGGGGCCGCUGACAGUCCAAGUCACCAACUCCGCCCUCCGCCCCGCGGGAACCCGGAGACCGAACCGGCCUGGGGCCGAGGCCGCGCGAGCAGCGCUGCGAAGCGAACAUGGCAGCAGAAUGAGGAGGCUGGCGCCGGGUUGGGGCCGCCGCCGCUGCCGUACAGUAGCUCGGGAUCCGCGCCUGGCUCACUGCGAGCCGCAUCCUUAGCUGGCCUCCUGGUGGCUGCUGUUUCGUUUCACUGGGAACCGAACGCGAGCGGCGCAGCGCAGAAAGGGGACCCUGGCGCCGAGUGGGUCCGUGCUCCCGGUAGGCUGUAGAAUCUCGUGUGUGCGACUCGCCGAUUGCUGAAACGACGCGGGAGACAGCCGGUGCCCGGCUGCGGCAGCACCGGCGCUGGGAUGAGACGGCAAUGGAGCGGUCUCCGUGGGGCUCAUGGAGCCGGCCCGUGCAGCAGCAGGAGCGCCGCCUGAACCAGAGCUCCGAGGGGCUUCGGAGCCUCCCUGCUACUGUCUCCGGGAAGGACGGGAGCCCCGCGUGGCGGACACUGCAGCAGUUCUCGUGCUAAGGCACCGGGAGGGAGCCAACUCCGCCUGCAGCUGGGUGCGCUUUGGACAGCCGGGCGCUUUGCCCGAUGCGCGACGGCUUGGCACGCCGGGGCGAGAUCGGCUGCGGGAGUCGGUGGCCGGACCAGCUGGGAGAGUGUGUGCGCGUGUGUUCCGCUGGAGAUCCGGGCCAAAGCACAUUUCGCAGCACCUGAGCAGCCAUGCUUCCCGGGGUGGGCGUGUUCGGAACCAGCCUCACGGCUCGUGUCAUCAUCCCGCUGCUUAAAGACGAGGGCUUCGCGGUGAAGGCGCUGUGGGGCCGCACGCAGGAAGAAGCGGAGGAGCUGGCUAAGGAGAUGAGUGUCCCCUUCUACACCAGCCGCAUCGACGAGGUGCUGCUGCACCAGGAUGUCGACCUGGUGUGCAUCAACCUACCUCCACCCCUCACCCGGCAGAUCGCCGUCAAAACCUUGGGCAUCGGCAAGAACGUCAUCUGUGACCGUACAGCGACACCAUUAGACGCCUUCCGCAUGAUGUCAGCUGCCCACUACUACCCUAAGCUCAUGAGCAUAAUGGGCAACGUGCUGCGCUUCCUGCCGGCCUUUGUGCGCAUGAAGCAGCUGCUGGAGGAGGGCUACGUGGGCGAGCUGCUGGUGUGUGAGGUGCAGGUGCACAGUGGCAGCCUCCUGGGCACCAAGUACAACUGGAGUUGCGACGAUCUGAUGGGCGGUGGUGGCCUGCAUUCGGUGGGCACCUACAUCAUCGACCUGCUUACCUUCCUCACAGGCCAGAAGGCGGUCAAGGUACAUGGGCUGCUGCGGACCUUUGUCAAGCAGACGGACCACAUCAAGGGCAUCCGUCAGAUCACUAGCGAUGACUUCUGCACCUUCCAGAUGGUGCUGGAGGGUGGCGUUUGUUGCACUGUCACCCUCAACUUCAACGUGCCGGGUGAGUUCAAGCAGCACGUGACGGUGGUAGGCUCAGCUGGGCGCCUGCUGGCCAUGGGCACCGACCUGUAUGGACAACGCAAUAGUGCCCCCGCCCAGGAGCUGUUGCUACAGGAUGCCACGCCCGUGAGCAACUCGCUGCUGCCUGAGAAGGCCUUCAGUGACAUCCCGUCGCCCUACCUGCGAGGCACCAUCAAGAUGAUGCAGGCUGUGCGCCAGGCCUUUCAGGACCAGGCUGACAGGCGCACGUGGGAUGGCCGGCCGCUCACCAUGGCUGCCACCUUCGAUGACUGCCUCUAUGCCCUGUGUGUGGUGGACACCAUCAAGCGAUCGAGCCAGACCGGGGAGUGGCAGAACAUUGCUGUCAUGACUGAGGAGCCUGAUCUGAGCCCUGCCUACCUGAUCAGCGAGGCCAUGCGCCGCAGCCGGAUGUCCCUUUAUUGCUGAUGCCGGCUGGGGAGGGCCUGGGACCUUCUGCAUGGGGUGCCCAGAGAAGGGGGUGAUGGCAGGAAUGUGUGGGGAAGGCAAGCUGAGGCUUUUGGCUUGGGAGUGCAGCAGGGUGGGGUUGCACAGCUGUGCACACCCUACAGGUAGGUUAGCUGCUUCUGCUGCCCUUUACUGUGAGAAGCAAGGAGGGUAUGCUUCCCUCCCUACCUCAUCCACCCACACACAGUGGGACAAACUCUGCAAGGUCAAGGCACUAGAUCAGAUGGCACUUAGUGGGAGCUGGGUUAGCCACCACUCCCCUGUGCAAGCCUGCCCAUCUGGGAAGAGGUGGAGGAGGGGGCAAGCUACCUAUACAGCUGUCUUUAAGUCUGAGAAGGGAAAAGUGCCGAGCAGCAAAGGGUACAGGUCUCAUGAUAGAUUGGGUCUCUGCUAAGGAAGCCCUGCUUCAAUGACCCGCCACCUCUCCUCUGGAAUGGGUCUGGGAGUAUGAGCAAGGUUCAGAAGCUCAAAGGUGUCAGCAAGCAUGGGCUGUGUGACAACAGGUGGGACAGAGACUAAGCUAGCCUCUGAGCUUGUUAGCAGUGGGCACCUGCAAGGAACCCCCUUAACCACCCAAUACGCAGGGUGGGUGGAACUGGGUGCAGAGGCAUUUGCUGUGGAAGCUUGGAGGCGACUCUGGGCCACAGCCAGGAGGCUACCAGGUUGGGAACAGUCCCAUGCAUCAGUACUACAGAGUAAACAGAGAGACCAGAGGCAGGAUGGUCUAGCCCUCAGUACUGGUGUUGUUCACUAACUAACCCAUCUUCUCUUAACUACGCUGGGGGACUCUGAGGAGACAUACCCAUCUGUGUGGAUUUAAAAGGGAAACCUUCUGUUGCACUUGACAGAAUCCUCUUUCAUGGAGAGAGAGACAGACAAAUACUUUUUUUUUUCUUAGGUUGGCCUUUGCUUUCAGGGUUCUGGUGCCUGCACAUUUGUGAAUAGAUAUUAAAACUGAAGGAUAACCAUGAAUGUGACUUUUCAGUGUGUCCAAAGCAAGAGUACAUUUAGGAUUGAGGAGGCAGAUGGUAGACAACAAUUCUGUUUGGUUUUCCUGUCUCGCUUGUCUUUUCACCCUCUAUUUACAGAGCUUUCAUUAUGGAUGGGGAAAUAGAAGGCCAGGGCAGUCAAAGGCAGAUGGCAAAACACACAUACACACACUCGGGUCUUGUGGUCCAGUAUCCCUAAAAGCAUUCUCCAAAAACAUGGGACUUAAAAACACGAGUCAGGUCCAUUUUGAGAAUGAAGAGUGAUCCUUUUGUUAUCCGGUACAGUGUAACUCCUGUGUCUGUCUGCAUGGUUUUCGGUCACAGGCAGGCAGCUGCAAAUCGGACUUCUCUCCAUGUAGAACUAGAGGGAAUCAGAUAUCUGGAGUCCCCUGUCCCCCAGCCUCACAGCAGUGACAUCUGAGAACAAAAUAUCCCACCAAUCAUAUCCUCCUCCCUUUGACUACCCAGAGGUGUGUCCGACACAUACCUCGACUGCUGGGUAUGUGUCUCUAGCAGAGAGGAGUAAGUGUCACCUUCCUGGGAGGAACCAUGCCUCGCACUGUGUCCUGCCUGUCCGCCCGUCACAUGGGAGGGCCUGAGAGCUGAAACUCUUUGACCUGUUCCUGUCCCUCACUUGGUGGCAGACAUCACGUUCAGUGUCCCAGCAUUGCCACUGCUGCUUCCACACAGGGAGCUCAAUGGGGUGGAAGGCUCCAAGCCCUGGAUAGGAAGUCCUGUCCUGUGCCCUUGCGGUUCUUUUUCUCCCAGGUUAUCCUCUGCAGAAGUGGUUUCUGUGAAAAGUGAGUGGAAAGAAUGGUUGUUUUCUACUAGCUAGCCUUCAUGACUGUAAUUAAGGUCAAGGAGGCUUAUUUUUCUGAGUCAAUUAAAACACAAAUGAGGAUAUUUUUCUGUACUUUUAGCCACACUACUUUGGAGGAUUUUUCUCCCCCAGGCAAAUGCCGCUCAGUGCAGUGAUAAAUAUGCACCGUGUAAAACAAACAUUCUCAUGUGGGACUAGGUUAGACAGAAAGGGGAUAGAUUUCUGUGAGAAGCAUGAGACAUUUUAAUAUGUGUAUUAAACUCUUAGCUGCUGACAUGCAUGUGGUAAAUAGAUGUAGGAAUAUAAGAACAG